UCGGGAGGCAUUGCCACGUUCUACUCGCAGAAUGGCAACGCUGGCUCGUGCGGCAACUACAACUCCGAUAAUGCGAUGAUUGUCGCCGUCGAUUCCGCCAUCAUGAACUCUGCCCUCUGCGGCAAGAAGGUGCAGAUCACCAACAAAUCCAAUGGCAAGACAGCUACCGCUACCGUCGCCGACACUUGCCCCACGUGCAACAACGCUAACUCUCUUGACAUGAGCAAAGCACUCUUCGGUGCUCUCACGGACAACAACUACGGCCUGGGCAUCUUCAACAUCGAGUGGCACUUCGUCUAA